CUAAUAGAAAAUGAGUAUAAAUGCGGUGAGAAAGUUUAUAUCGGCCACAGUUGCUUGCUGGAAGUGACUACGCCUUGUCCUGGUGCAUUCGUUCAAUUUUCCUAAAAAAUAAGACUGAAGUAGUUCGAUCUUGAAUCGCUUUUCUUCAGUAGUCAAAGUAUUAUUGCAACUAACCCGCCGUCUAGCUUUUAUUUUGCUUAAACGGUUGAAAAGUUUGCACCAUCAAAAUGGUAUUGCAGCACAUUGGUGAGCCUUCGUUUCAAGCUUAUGGAAGCGGAAACUUAACCGUUGUCGACAUGGUCACACCGGAUAUGCAACAUUUGGUGAAUCCAUAUUGGAAUCAAUUCCCUCCGAUGAACCCACUUUGGCAUGGAAUUCUUGGUUUCUUCAUGACCGUACUUGGCGUUAUGUCCAUCAGCGGCAACUUUGUAGUUAUCUACAUUUUUUCGACAACGAAAUCGCUUCGAACACCAUCCAAUUUGUUCGUAGUGAAUUUAGCAAUUUCUGACUUUCUGAUGAUGUGUUGCAUGUCACCAGCUAUGGUCAUUAAUUGCUAUUACGAAACCUGGGUUCUUGGACCACUCAUGUGCCAACUCUAUGCCAUGUUUGGAUCUUUAUUCGGAUGUGCAUCAAUCUGGACCAUGACAAUGAUCGCCUUCGACCGAUACAAUGUCAUCGUGAAGGGUAUCGCCGGAAAACCACUGACUAACGGGGGAGCAUUGGCUCGUGUUGCUGGAAUUUGGCUUUUCGCCACCCUCUGGACAGUCGCACCAUUGUUCGGAUGGAAUCGAUAUGUACCAGAAGGCAACAUGACCGCAUGUGGAACUGACUACAUCACCCGCGAAUGGUUGAGCCGAUCAUACAUCCUCAUCUAUGCUAUCUUCGUUUACUAUAUGCCGCUCUUCCUCAUCAUCUACUCUUACUACUAUAUCAUCAAAGCUGUAUCUGAGCACGAGAAAGCCAUGCGAGAACAAGCCAAGAAGAUGAACGUAGCUUCUCUCCGAUCUGCUGAGGAUGCUAACAAGAGUGCUGAAGCGAAAUUAGCAAAGGUCGCUCUAGUCACCAUCUCCCUAUGGUUCAUGGCCUGGACUCCAUACCUCAUUAUCAACUAUGCCGGUGUCUUCCAUACAAUGAAACUAUCACCAUUGAGCACAAUCUGGGGAUCAGUAUUCGCUAAGUGCAACGCAGUCUACAAUCCAAUUGUGUAUGGUAUCAGCCAUCCAAAAUACCGAGCUGCAUUGUUCCAGAAAUUCCCAUGCUUGGAAUGUGGAAGUGAUCCACAGACAAAUGUGCAGGAAACUCAAUCACAAACCACACAAGAAAAAUCGGCAGCAUAAAAGAAUUGAACCUGGUCAUAUGAUGCAGAUGUGAAAAGUUUACAAUGACAAUAUUUGAUCAAGUUUGUUCUCCUGUUUAUUGUGAAUAAUUUUAAUUUUAUUUUGAAAUUUCAAUGCGCAUUGCGAAUAAAUCGUGUAUUAAAAACAAA